AUGCGCUUUCAUCUGGCUCCUGCGCCGCUCCUCCACCUCAUCACCACAAUCCUCCUCAUACCGCAACGAACCUCCGCAAACCCUGCCCCACCAAUUUCUGUACAAGCCGGCUUUGAGUUCAACGAGCUCUUGAAGCGAUACGACUGCUCUGGUGAGCUCUGCGGAUGGAACGAUCAACUCUGCUGUCCUAAUGGCGGCUGCUACACUAAUGCCCUCCAACAGGCGACUUGCACAGGCGGCGGCAGCUACUCUGCCUCUGCAGCACCGGCACCGAGCGCGGCAGGAGGAGGGUAUUGGCAAGUCUACACCACAGUCUACACCGUCACGGACAAGGAGGUCAUCACCAGCGUUGUUAGCAACUACGUCGGCGGCAGCGUGUCAGCAGUAGCAUCCAGCACACCAUCCGGACAAGCUCAUUGCAACUUCGCCAUCAAUGAAUCACCAUGCGGCGAUAUAUGCUGUUCAGCCACGCAGUACUGCUUCAAUUGGGGCAUUUGUAAAGCAGCAGCCGGCUCCGAAACGACCACAACAGUCAAAGCUGGUGGCACCGCAGGCGCACCCAUUCGACCCACCUCUUCCGGCGUGGUGGUCGUAACAGCAACGGAAAGCCCCACGACCACUGUUCCCUUCCAAACACCCGUUGCAACCGGCGCAAAUGUGACAAUGACAGCCACCGAGUCCGGCGGCGGCGGUGGUCUCUCCGGCGGUGCCAUAGCAGGUAUAGUCAUCGGCGUGCUCGUCGGCUUGCUACUCCUCGGUCUGAUCUGCUUCUACUGCUGCAUCAAAGGCCUACUCGACGGCUGUCUCGCGCUCUUCGGGCUGGGCGGCAAGAAGAAACGGAGGACAGAAGUCGACACCUACGAGCGACACUCGCACCACACCCACAGUGGAGGCGGAGGCGGACGGACAUGGUACGGCGCUUCGAAGCCUGCGCGGCCUAAGAGGAAGGAAGAGAGUCACAAGGGACGAAAGGUCGCAGGCGGGCUGGCUGGGUUGGCGGGUCUCUGGGCUGUGCUGGGUCUGAAGCGGAAGAGGAACGACAGGAAGAACAAUGGGUCCGAGUAUUCGUAUUCUUCGGACUACUAUACUAGCAGUAGUGAGUAG